GCGCGCAAAGACGCACACAAAGCCGACGUCAGCAUGCAUACGCUUAAAUCGACAAAUAAAAAUCCGGCGAUACUGGUUAUAAUCCAGAAUUCGUAAAAAAAGAAGGAAUCGACUCUGUUAACACUUGUUAUCAUUUAUGCAUAAAAAAUGAUUGCGAGCAUCACAGAAAAGUUACAUUGUACAGGUGUCAGUGCACUAGUCACACGUACUACUUUCAGAUGGUUGUCAACGUCAGCUUCUGUGAAAACAUCUCUUAAGGACACAAAAGAAACAGCACAAGCAGACAUGGAUGACGAUAUUCUUACAAAAGAGAUAGGAGACAGUGGGGUGAUAAUUUUAAAUCGGCCCAAGACACUGAACGUCUUAAAUAUGCCUAUGGUCCAAAAAAUCUACACCGCUCUCAAAACCUGGGAAUCUUCGAAGAAGCUGGUAAUAAUAGAGGGUACAGGUGAGAAAGCGUUCUGCGCGGGUGGCGAUGUCAAGGCACUUGUCACAAUAAGUGGGCCGAAAUCAACGACUCUAGGGGAAGAAUUUUUCAAGAGGGAAUACACUUUAAAUCAUUUAAUUGGAACAUAUAAGAAGCCUUACAUAGCUCUCAUUAAUGGAAUAACGAUGGGAGGUGGUGCUGGAUUAUCCGUACACGGUAAAUACAGAAUCGCCACGGAGAAAACGCUUUUCGCUAUGCCAGAAACAGCGAUAGGACUGUUUCCCGAUGUUGGUGGGACUUAUUUCUUGCCACGGCUAAAGGAGCAUUUGGGAACUUACCUGGGACUGACGGGUUUCAGACUGAAAGGUGUUGACGUGCUUCUUGCUGGGAUUGCAACGCACUUUGUACCGUCGGAAAAGCUGACGGAUUUGAAACGUGAUUUGUUGAUGUCGCAAGAUGAUCGAGACGUCGAGAAGAUCUUGAAUAAAUAUCAACCAAAAUUAAAUCAUGAAUUCGUCUUGGCGCCUCGCAUAUCGCAAAUAGAACAAUGUUUCUCUGCUCCAUCCGUUGAAGAAAUAAUUGAGAGAUUGAGAAAAGACAAUUCGGAAUGGGCGCAGAAGAAUGUAGAGGUGCUGCUAAAAAUGUCCCCAUCUUCUCUUAAAAUCACCAAGAAAGCGAUCGAUGAGGGAAGUAAAAAAUCUUUGGCAGAAUGUUUAGAAAUGGAAUAUAGAUUAGCAUACACCGCUUUGGGCGAGGAGAGUGAUUUCCAUGAAGGUGUCAGAGCUCUCCUGAUCGACAAAGAUCAGAAACCGGUAUGGAAGCCGGCCACCUUGAAAGACGUCACGAAUGAAUACUUGAAUAGACGAUUCGCGAUACUUCCUGCGGAGAAAGAAUUAAAACUUGGCUGUAAUAGCAAGCUGUAAGAAUAUUAAAAAACCGAUAUUAAUUGAAUAAUGCUACAAAGCAAGUUCUUACAGAUCCUAUUUUUAUAUUGCAAUUUUGAACAAGUUUAUAUUUAUAUUUGAAGUUCUAAACUUUGUUAUUUUUUUAUCUGUUGUGCUUCUAUACAUGUUGACUUUGCCACAUCUUCUUGUAAUAGAUAAUAUAUAUAUUUUGUAAGUUAAUUAUCAAUAAAAAGCAUUUUGUAAGCAAA